AUGUGGUGGCGUUUUCUAGCGUUCUGUGUAUUAGUUUCACUUGUGCUGUUCGUAGUUUUGAGUUCCAUUUACGGUCGACCCGUCGUGCAUCUUUUCUUCCACCGUUGCUGCGAGGAAGAUAUCGAGAAUGAUCAAGUUAUUUUCGAGAACUUCGGCAACAACUUCCUUAGAGAACGACUAGUUGCGACUGAUGUUAUAGAAAUGGAAAAUGUAACGCUCUUCCCAAUGGAGAAUAUAGAACAGGUGUUAGAUGGUAUGAGAAAAUUGAUAAAUGUUCACGAUCCCGAAACAAGAGAGAGUCUGGACGAUAUAGUGGACGUACUGAUCACAGAUAAUUCCACCGAAGUGACACUGGAAACAACAACUCAAGUGAUGAAAAAACAAAUAUGA